AUGGCUUCCCCAAAUUAUGAAGCACAAACACAGUCACUCUUUGCAGAAUCAGUAGCCAAAAAUGACCACCUCCUCAUUGAAAUCCUUCUCCGUCUACCAACCAACUCCUUACUCACCUUCAAAUCCGUCUCCAAAUAUUGGCUUUCUCUAAUCUCCAGUCCCUACUUCUGUCAUCGCCACACCACUCUCUGCAACCUUGCGUCUGGCCUUUUCUUGCCUCGCAAUCCUUCAGACAAAACCAACCCGGAAUUCCCCUUCAUCAAUCUCAACAGGAGCUCUCAAAUCUCCCACCCACCACCCUUUAGAACUCUCUCCUUCAUCAACGAUCCAUCAGGUAUAACUAUCUUGCAGUCAUGUAAUGGUUUGUUAUUGUGUUGUAACUUCGGACUUGAUUCGAGGAACAACUACUAUGUCUGCAAUCCAACUACAAAGCACUAUACCACCCUUCCUCCACUGCCCGUUAACAACGAAGCUGCAGCUUCUACUUGUAAGACCGGAUUCAGUUUAGCUUUCGAUCCUUCCAAAUCUCCUCAUUACAGAGUUGUUUGUGUUGUGAACACCGACUCCAUGGGCCAGGUUGAGAUUUAUUCAUCUGAAACAGGCUCUUGGCGGCUUUGUACUGUUUCUUUCCCCUCAGACUUGCUAGGCUAUGGUUUUCAUUUCGAUGGCGGCAUCUUUUGGAAUGGUUCUCUUCACUGGAUCAGUAUUUGGGAUUCUGUUACUGCUUGGUGUACCAGAUGUGCUUUAUAUUUCAAUGUUGAUGAAGAACGCAUGAGCGAGAUGCCAUUGCCUCCCAUUCCUGAGGAUUGGGAAUGGGACGAUUAG